CCACAUUUUGAAAAUCCACAUCGGUCGGUUACUCUUUUUGAAGCCUUACCUGAUCAAAAAUCAGACGAAAUAUCUAUUUAAUUUAGUAUAUGGUAAUUCUUAAAAAAAAAUUUUUGGAAACGUUUUUCUAACGUUUUCUUCCAAGAAUAUUGCUGACACCUUUUUAGUGAAUUUUUCUAAGACCGUUUUAUGUCAAAAAAUCUUCUUAUAACCUAAAACAAAUUUCGUUCGUAAAACAAUUCUAUCUGCACUAUAAAUCUCAAUCUCCUACGCAGUGGCCUCCCUUAUACUAGAAGUUACUGACCGGGCGAAGCAAGGGCAGUAACUGCUGUGAGGAGUUUCUAUAAAAAUCUGCAUUCAGAAAUCUGCAUUCAGAAAUCUGUAUUCAGAACUCAAUCUGUUGUGCACGUUUGCAUCUAACGCUUACCACAAGUUUUACGACAAAUUCUUGACGCAGACGAAUAGGGUAGCGUCUAUUUUCAUUUGUGAAAAGAAUAGUUCGAUACAGUUCUGUCCGUGCUUAAGUUUUGAAAGGCUUGGGUAAUUAUUUUUCAUAAGCGUUUCAAACACUGAUGUAAAUGAAAAGAUUAUCUAUUUAAAUAGUCGGUAAUUGUUUGAAAUUAUUGAUUUGAGAAAUUCGCGGAUGGAGAUAUCGAACUACAUUAUACCACGUGACGCCAUUUUGUAACUGAGUAGCUGAUUCACAAUGAUCGCAAGUAUUAUUGUAAUUUAUAUUGUGCAUUCAUGUUAAAUGUAUUAUAUGAAAUAAACAUAUUGCUUCAUUUUCUUCUAUAUUGAACAAUGAUCAAUUAAUUGCAUAUAUCACAUUGAGCAUUGUUUUUCCGAGCUUUAAACUGACAACAUUACACGAUAAGUUGUUGUUACUGUGGUGUUGUCAUUAUGUCAUACGUUUAAUUAAGCCUCAUUGCCCUCAAUUAACAUUUUGAUUUGCAUUGUAACAAAUUCUCUAUUGUUAACAAUCGUAACGUUUGAAAUAACUGUACAGAAUAAUUUGUAUUCGAUGAAAAUACUAUUUUAAUGAACGACGUUCGUAUAUUACAUUCAUUACUGAUGUGAAACCAAACAUUAUACUCAUGUCAUUGGCAUAGCAUAGUUUUGUUUCAUUUAUAUGAGUCCAAAAUUCACCCCAUUCCCUGCUUUAAAGGUAUUUUUAUAUUAAAAGACCUUCAAAUAGUUUGCGUGAAGACUGAAAUAAUAUUUUUUUAUCAAUAAUAGAUCGAUCGUGUCAAACAAUACUGUGACCCAAAAGGAAGCAAACAAACUGCUUGGAUUUGUAACUUUAUGGCGGCCACUGACAUAGCCCACAUGAGGCAGAUAAACCCUGGCCCCCACGCAGGCACAUUAAAGGCCAGGGUAAUUGCCACAAAGGGGCCAUCCACCUACACUAGCGGGGGAGACCAGCGCCAAUCCUUGAUUGUAGGACUGGCUGACAUGACUGGGGCAGCAAAGGCUGUCAUUUAUGACAGUGCCCAGUUCCAGCGGUAUCAAGCGGGACAGUCCGUAGUGAUUCGAAAUUUCAUCUUGAGAGCAGAUGGGUCAGUAAUUGUCACCCGGAAUUCAAGAACGUUCUCCACCUCCUCCAUCGUUGCAUCGGAUGGAUUCGCUUCUGCAGCCAGUGGUCUCGUUCACCCCCCGGAAGCCCCGUUCAUGAGCCUGGAACAGGCAGCUGCCUCCCCUGCAAAGACACUUGUGUCUGUUAGGGGGCACAUUGUGCAGGAGGACCUGGAAAGAGAGGUCAUGGUUGGGAGUUCCCCGACAAGGGUUAAGGACAUUACGAUCUCCGACAAUCGUCGGAGAGUGAAACUAACCCUCUGGCGAGAGGCUUGUGAUAUGCCCCACGGUCUGGGAACGUUCAUCCAAGUCACAAAUGCUGUGACAAACGUUCACAGAGGCGACACUUCGCUGUCACUGACCUCAAGAAGCGUUAUCCAGACUGCUGAGGCUCCUUUAGAUGAAAGAGUAGUGACCAUUGAAGGCGUUGGGGGAGACCAGGAAACAAAAGAGCUCCUGGCCGAUGAUGGAGAAUGCUACUUGGUAGCAACCGAGGUGUUAAGUGACGCUCUUCCUGGCGAGGACAUAGACACAUUCAUCACCCAGAAUGCUCCUGUCACCCUUCGUCUUUUCAUGCGAGGGGCCACAGUUGAGCGGGUUCAUGCAAUGUGACUUGACAUGUGUAUUUUAGCUCACUUGAGCACCAUGUGCUCAUGGUGAGCUUUUGUUAUCACCUUUUGUCCGUUGUUAACAUUUGCUUUGAUAACACUCUACAGGCCACAUUUAUUGUCUGAUCAUCAUAAAACUUGGUCAGAAAAUUUGUCUCAAUCCUAUCUUGAACAUGUAAGAAAAUGGUUGUGGUCUGUUGAAAAACAUGGCCACCAUGAAGCUUGGCAUUCUACCUUAUAUGGCUAUAGUAAAACGUCCUUAACAAUCUAGAAGUUACACUUUCAGUCCAAUCUUCAUGAAACUUGGUCAGAACAUGUGUUUGUAUGAUACCUGGAGUUGAUUUCAAGUAUUGUUCCCGUCUGUUGAAAAACAUGGCUUCUAGGGGGCUGGAUUUGUUUCCUUAUAUGGCUAUAGAAAGGCCUUGUAAACUAUUUCGUUCAUAUUUUGGCCAAAUUUGUAAAUGGUUUCAGAAACAUAAUACAAGUUGCUGAGAGCAGUACCAUUAAGUCUCAGGCCUCUGACCCUCUUGUUUUUACUUGCAUUUCCAUUGUGUAAAAAACCAUUUUCAUGCUUUGAAAAAAAUAUAUCUAGUCAUGUUCAUUUCAUUUUGGGUAAAUAAAAGUUAAUAAGUGUUUUUAUUACUCAUUUCAUUUUUUACAGAUAUGUAAAAACUGUUCUUUAAUGUCUGCUUUAACCUCUAUCACUUAUGAACACUUAUAUUGUUUUAGUGUAGUGUUGAUUGUUUUCAUUACUUAUGUUCAUAUUUACAGAUAUGCAAAAACAAUUUGUUUAUGUCUUCCCUACCUCUUUGUUACAUGUACAUAUUUACUUCACAAACAGAAUGUCAUACGCUUUGCUUGUUUUCAUGUGUUAAAGUGCACUCAUUUUUCUGCUUGUUGUCAUCUAUAGCAUUAUGUAAUUGGUAUGAUUGUUUUUGCAUUUUACAUUAACUUCCCUAUCAAAAUCAGCUUGUCAGUAUCUUUGUGUGCGCUCAAUAUGUUUUUACCCAUUUCAGUCAUUUUCCUGCAACACUACUCUAUGGUUAAGACCUUGCAAGGUCAAAUAUUUUAGCAUCUACUUUUCCAUCCUGUUGUGUCUCUUACAUUCGUUGCAUCAUUUCCAUACAUUUUGCUUACUUUCAUUAAAGAAAUCUAGUUAAUGUUCAAAGUGCAUAAUUCAGUCAAGGCAGAUAAAAAUCAGCUCACAUUUAAAGGUGAACAGUUAAACCUUUAAUGUUUUCAUAUCUUCUUCAUAUUCCUUAUUCCAAUCAAUCUGUUUAAAAAAAAUGCAUUGAACUGUUUACUGUUCGCAGUAUACUGUUGAGGAGAAAUAUUAAGAUAAUAUUAAUGCAUACAACUUAACAAUCAUAUAUUCAGUAGUUCAUACAGUACUACAAUUGUUCAAAUAUGUUUUAUUGCAUUGUUAUGGUGCUAUGUAUGCGUAUGUUCCUUGCAAAAUAUUGAUGCAUUGUUUAAUUUUUGUUCUUCUAUUAUAUAAUGAUACAUCAUUUUUUGUCUAUAUCGUACGAUAUUCAAUUUCUUGCAAGCGAAUAUACACCCAUUGAUGCUUAAUCUACAAUAAAGCAUUUGUUCUCUUAAUCUUACGAUAUAAAUUAAUUUCUAACAAGCAAAUAUACCCUUGUAAAUCAUCUAUAAUUUCUUUUCGCAUAGUUGCUCGACUUAUGGGUAUGAUUCAUACUAAUAAAUAUAAACAGAAUAUCACAUUAAUACCUUAUACACUGCUUUCAUGUCACAAUAUUUAAUAUUCAUUAAGGACACAGAUCCCUACUGUUCUAUUAUGACCGAUAUAUAUAUAUUAUGAACAUAACAACUGCUUUCCUUUCAUGUUCAGCUAUUUAAUUUUCCACAAAUUUGAACUUCUUUACCAUUAUUAAACACUUGUUAAAGAACUAUUAUCUUCAUUCAAAUUACAAUAAUAAAUCUCACUACAACAAAUGUAAUUAACUGCAUGUUCUUUUAAGCAGUAAACACACUCAAUGAUGGAACCUUGAUCAAUCGUAUACAUAUAUAUAUAUAUAUAUAUAUAUAUAUAUAUAUAAUUCACUAUAUAUUCACAGUAAACAUGUGUACCUGUUGAAAUCCAACAUAAAUUAAAACGUGUAUCUUUUCAUUGUUGUUUUGCUAUGUAUGCUUACAAUUUCAUGUACAUUAAUGUCAAACAAGGAAGGCUGUAAUAUGUUACACAUAGCCAAAUGCUUCCAUUUAGCAUAAUCUUACCUAAGUAUGAUCUCCUCAUUGUUUGCUCAUUUCAUGUUUCAAUGUUUAACAUAGUGUUUGUAAAUGCAUGUAUAUAUAUUUGCGUACCUUUAUAUGUCCCCCACUAUAGUAGUGAGGGACAAAUUGUUUUUGCUCUGUCUGUUGGUCUGUUGGUUGGUUGGUCUGUUGGUUGGUUGGUUUGCGCCAACUUUAACAUUUUGCAAUAACUUUUGCUAUAUUGAAGAUAGCUACUUCAUAUUUGGCAUGCAUGUGUAUCUCAUGGAGCUGCACAUUUUGAGUGGUGAAAGGUCAAGGUCAUCCUUCAAGAUCAGAGGUCAAAUAUAUGUGGUCCAACUAGCUCAUUUUAUGAAUACUUAUGCAAUUUUGAAGAUAGCAACUUGAUAUUUGGCAUGCGUGUGUACCUCAAGGAGCUGCACAUUUUGAGUGGUGAAGGCUCAAGGUCAAGGCCAUCCUUCACGGUCAAACGUCAUAUAGGAGGACAUUGUGUUUCACAAACACAUCUUGUUUCAUCUUCACGUUCUUCUUUCGCUUACUAGGAUUUCUUUUGAAAACGUAAAAAUAUACAAACUGCUUCAUUCUAUUGAGGGUGUGAUAACUUAUCCUUUAAGUACAUUUUAUCAUUUUCGUUACAUAAGAAGUUUCACUUUUUACCUUGUCAUAAUGAUUAUUUAGUACCUACAUUAUGAUUCUUCUUAUACAUCAGUUACAAAAACUUAGCACUGUGUUUAUACAAUCGAAUAUCAAAUAUGCUCAUUCUGUGGUAUUUUCCCAACACCAUAUAUAUCAAUAGUUGCAUUACAUCUGUUCUGCUACAUAUUUCGUUUAUGACAUGCUUGUUAUACAUCUCGUUUUAAAUGCAUUUCUUUUUUACUGCUGGUUUCAAAAUAAAUAUUUUUCAACUUGA